UCUUAAAAACAAUAAAACAAUAAUCCUACAAUAAUAAAACAAUAAUCCUAACCCUAGGUAUGAUUCAUUAAGUCUGUAUAUGUUACAAAGAAGUAACAGACCUUUCAGAGGCGAGUGUUGAUUUUCUUCAAAUGCCAUCAGCUGCUGUGGUUCGAUUCAAUGUAACGAGUAGUUCAAAAGAAUCGAUUCAUCCAAGUGACUCGUAAUGCCCAUCACUUGAAUUCGGUGAAAGCUGUCUCUGCGCUAAUCCCCACCCGAUGCAGCCACCAGCAGCACUUAUUCACACCCGAUCCUCUGGCAGGAAUACAGAGAAAGAGGAACAUUUAACCUGAACUAGAGGAAAAUGGAGCAUUUUGAGCACUUGGCCAUUCUAAAUAGCGCUACUUCACACCAGGAGGCACAUGUGAGAUCAGGGCUCUGAAUAAAAUGGGAACACGGCAUUUGAUGUUUAAUUCAUUCACACUACAAAAAUGAAGAUUCUGCUCACUUUCUUCCUGCUUCUGUGCUCCGACUUCAUGGAUUCAGUGAUGGGCUAUUUGACAGUCAGUAUCGAGCCUCUCCCGCCUGUGGUCAUGGGAGAUACGGUGACUUUGAAGUGCAAUUUCAGGACUGACGGCAACCUGAGAGAAAUCGUGUGGUUUCGGGUUACAGAAGGUGGUAGCUCUAAGCAGAAAAUCUUUACUUAUGACGCCAUGUACAAUACCAAUUUCUCUCACAUGGAGGACUUUCGCAGAAGAGAAGAUCUUGUUUACCAAUCGACUGUUAGGUUGCCUGAAGUACAGAUGGAAGACAACGGGCCGUACGAAUGCCAUGUGGGAAUCUACGACAGGGCGUCCAGAGAGAAGGUGGUCUUAGCAUCUGGAAGCAUAACACUUGCUGUUAUGUCACCCCCGAAAUCCAUCUCUGUAAUUGCAGCUGACCAACCGGCACGAUUCAAUCGCUACGAGGCUCAAAACUUCACACUCAUAUGCAUUGUGACUGGAGGAAAACCCGCUCCUGUGGUGCACUUUAAGAGAGAUGGCGAGCUGAUCGAGGUGCUUCCCUCGGUUCAGCCAUCAGAGGCAGCUCAGAACAGAGGCUUGCGCUCGGCCAAACGCAGCAGGCCAUUGAUUAGCCGAGAGCUCGAUGACACCAAGCGCCAGAAGUCCCUUUCUCACCUGGAGCCGGACAUCGAGCCAAUGAGGUUGGACCGGGCUCGUCCUCGCCACAGCCUCACUCCAGGAGCUCUGGGGCAGGAGAGUGCCAGUCCCACUACUGAGAUCAUCCCAGAGACGGUGGUGAGCAGGGAGUUUCCACGCUGGGUUCUCAGCUCCAGCCCACUCUACUACUUCAACCACACACAGUCUGAGCUCACUGAUGGCACCAUGCAGGUACAGGCUAUGCUCACCUGGCACCUGAACCCACAGCUCGACAAUGAUGCGCUGUUUAGCUGCGAGGUCAAGCACCCAGCUCUCUCCAUGCCCAUGCAGGCUGAGGUCACACUCUCUGCUCCAAAGGGACCGAAACUCUCCAUGACUCCAAGCAGAGUAAAAGUGGGAGACACUGUGCGCAUCACCGUGGAGGGAUUCCAAGUGGGAACAAAGGGGAAUGAGGUAUUUCCAGAGCCUCUGUUCACAUGGACGCGUGUCGGUGGGCUACUGCUGGACGGCAGUGCUGAGAGAGAAGGCAAGGUUCUGGUUCUUGAGAGAGUACCUGCAGAGCUCAACGGCUCCAUGUACCGAUGCACGGCUGAGAAUCCGCUUGGCUCCACCAACACACACAUGCGCCUCAUAGUGUUUGAGAAUCCAAGAAUAAAGAAGGAGACACUACACUUAAAUGUUGCUGACUCGAGUGGACUUGUAUCUGGACCUGCACUCACCGUACUGCUGCUGUUACUGAUCCUGGAGUUUACCUGAACAAACACUGAUGAUCUUUCCUCUCCCUGACAUCUUCUGUUCACCUGAAAAGACUUAAUACAGACUGUCUGAGCCACGGUUCUGCUCCUAUAUGAAAAACUGUGCAUGUGAGCUACAAUAUAUGAAAGUGCAAAAUACUGUGCCACGCGCCUGCCAUCUAGACCAUUAUCAAAUGGACUUCAGUGUCACCUGCAAGAUCUGACCUGUAGAUGGCAGUAGAGACUUCUAGACAAACAAAUGACAUAUUUGGUCAGUUCUGUUAUGUCUUAGAGAAGAUUGUAUUCUUAUUAAAAAGGGGGGUUUGCUGGUUCAUUUAAUAGUUCAAGUGUGUGAGUAAGGAAGACACUGUGUUGUAGGGUUUUACAGAGAACCUUUACAGGUUUCCCUAUAAAAAAACACAGCUAUAGAUUUUACCUUUCAAGUGUGUAGUAAAUCCACCCUGCUAUUGUCACAUACACUUAAAUUUUUUUUCUAACCUUUUAACUGUAUAUAAAUAAUACAGUUCCUUGGAUCUAAUAAUAAAUUCCACAGACCCCCUUGCACAGAUUUAUUUCAUGAACAUAAUCCAACUAUUCAAAUGUCAGGCUAACUAUAGCUCAUGGAACUUUUUAUUCCUGAACUUUCCACAGAACACAUUAAGCUAAAGUUCACAUUAUUUGUUAUUUAUAGGCGACUUGUUUUUGAGUUACUGAGGUUUGGAUGAAUAUUAAGUGACCAGUCGAACUGGCUAAUAAUUAUAAGAACUCAGUAAUAAAUAUAACUUUGAUAAGAGUGAGUUGUCAUUUCCACUACUACUGUAUAACAGAAUUAAAAAAACAAACACUGCCUAUGCUUUAUGGACCCCACUUUGAGAGCCACUCUUCUACAUAAAAGAUGUUUAAGAGAUAUUUGUGGAACCUGAAGAGCCCUGGGUGGAACAGUGGUGGAGUAAGGUAGCGAUGCUGCCUCACAGCUCCAGGGUCCCCAGUUUAGUCCUGAGCUCGGCUUAGCGUCCGUGUGGAGUUUCUGUGCAUGUUCUCCAUGUGGGUUUCCUCCCGCUUCCCAAAAACAUGCCAGUGCAGCUAUGCUAAAUUACCCCUAGGUGUGAAUGAGUGUGUGACUGUGUGUGUGUGUAUGGGGUCCUAUGAUGAACUAUUGCGACAUCCAGAAUGUGUCCUAGUGUUCCCAG